GUCACGUCAUUUAAAUUUAUUUACAAAUAAACACAAAGUGCAUUGUUCGCUUUCAAUCGUUAGUUAAACAAUAAAUUUAUUCUUGAUUCGGUAAAUACAACAAAUAAGCAUAGAAGAGUGAGCUAAUAACACUUUAUUAACUGAUUCCUGUAGUGGCUUAUCUUCAUGGCUUUAAAACAUGUAGUAAUAGGUGGUGGAACCGGAUUCAUUGGUAAACGUUUGGCACAGAUCCUCCGAUCGGACGGGUACGAUGUAACCACCAUCUCACGGAUGCCUGCGGUCAAGCAUAUGACCUGGCACGAUUUGGAGAAAGAUGGCCUCCCGACAGGAACUUCGGCUGUGGUUAAUCUAGCUGGUCAAAACGUUCUGGACCCAACACGACGUUGGACUCCGGGCUUCAAGCAGAACGUGUGGAACUCGAGAAUCAACACGACCGCUGCCUGUGCUAGAGCCAUCGAGAAGGCCACGGUGAAGCCGCGAGUAUUUGUCAGUAUUUGUGGAGUAAGCCAUUAUGCACCUGGGCCGCAGUUGCACACUGAAGAAUCAAAAACAGCUGAAUUCGACUUCAUGUCCCGGUUGUGCAUCGAGUGGGAAAAGGCGGCCAAUCUGUCCGAUAAUUCCAUCUGCCGGGUUGUGAAGCUACGAAGCGGUGUCGUAAUUGGUCGAGAAGGUGGCAUGAUACAGUCGUUGAUUUUGCCAUUUUGGCUCGGAUUGGGAGGUCCCAUUGGAGAUGGAAGUCACGAUUUACCGUGGAUACACGUGCAAGAUGUUUGCAACAUGAUUAAAUUUGCGAUUGAAAAGCCAGAUGUUAGUGGUGUUUUAAACGGUGUCGCUCCAGAAUUGAUUACGAAUCGAGAUUUUACCAAGGCUUUUGCUUCUGCGUUGAUUCGUCCGGCAAUAUUUCCCCUUCCUGAAUUCGUAUUGAAUCUAAUCUUUGAUAAAGAGCGUGCCGCUCUGUUGACUAAUGGCGCUAAGGUGGUUCCCAAACGCCCACAAGAAUUCGGAUACAAAUACCAGUUCCCCGAUAUUCGUUCUGCAUGCAAAGAUGUGGCCAGAUUGUUUCCUUAGAUAACUAGUAAAUCUCGAUAGCGCGACAUUUAUUCAUCCAUGUUCAUAACGAAGACAAUGCGAUCAUAAUUUAAGAAGCGAUUAUAGAAGGUACAUCAAUGUUA